AUGCAAUCUCCGUACUUGUGGAAUGCUGAAAUCUCCUCUGGCACGCCGACUAUCUUACAGAAAAUGAAGUACAUUAAGACUCCUUCCGAGUCAGAGAACGAACCAGAGCGCACUCUAAGCCGUUGUGUGCAAGAAUUACUCGCAAAUAUUCGCACCCAGCGUCGUCGCAAGCAUGUGUUUUUAGAUCUGGAAGCUGAAAGACAGAAUGCCAUCGAAACUCUACUUAGUCCACAACGAGAUCUGGCUGCGUCGUUUUCUAGCUUGGCGACUACCCAGAAUGCAAUCGCCCAAACUUUGCUGCCGGUGUCAAAAAAAUUAAAUGUCAACAAAUGCCGAAUUGCCAAAAAGAGACAUGCCGACUCUGAAGAUGCACUAGAAAUUAUGCAGAAGAAAUCAUGUUUGGAAAAUGAAUUUGUUACACAUCAAAGAAAUCGAACAUAUUUUGAUUUUUAUAACGAGAGAAUGGCUAAAAGACCAAACAACGAUGAUUCUAUUUCACCUUCACCGUAUAACGUUGUACGAGGUGGAUAUUCCCUCGACAAUGAUCCAUCUAUUGACGUGAACAAAGACGUUGAAGAUAAUUUCAUUGUCGAUGAUGUUGGAGAUCUCUAUUUCGACAGCAAAGAGCAACCACACGAUUAUAAAAUAGGAAAUAUCAAUGUGUCUCAGCUGUUUCGACAAUGGCAAAAUGAAUCAGUUAAAAUCUCAAAAAAUGGUGGUUUACUUGUGGAAUCCAACAUUCACGAAAUCCUGUCUUUAUCAUCAAUCAUUUUACUAGUUCCUGGAUCACAUUCAAAAACAAUGAUUAAUAUUUUUGGUUCACAAUUGCUUGAUAAAAUACAUCAGCAAACUGUUCCACCUCGGAAUGUAACUCUUAAUUCAGAAUGCGAAUCAAAGUUUCGGGCGGCAAUAAAGAAAGCAAAGCAGUCUCGUGACAGUGCCAUGGAUUGGUUUCAUCAAGAGCUCAUAAACAAUCUGUCACUGAAGAAAAAUUUAGGUCUCAUGGUGUUACGAGGUUUGGAAACGUUGCCUAAUGAGAAAGUUAGGAAUGAGCCUAGCGAAGCCACGUUGAUUACAUAA